ACUGCACAGAGCGCGUUUGAGACAGCCCUGUCGGUUUAAACCGGGAGGACACCCAUACCGACUUCUCAAUGCAAAAAAUAAAAGGGUAGCUAGAAGCUGGGGCGAGGGGAACGGAGGUAAAGCGAACGCUCUUGGUCGGUCUCUCUCUCUCUCUUUCUCUCCUUCUCUCUCUCUCUUCUCUCGUUUUUAUUACAUGAAUGAAUGAAGUAAGUAGUAAGGGACACGUACAAGGAAACACGCCUCCGCCUGGACGACCAAACGCAUUUAAUAUUUGACUUGUGUUCAAUGGUACAUGUUUCCAUCUCUACAUUUUCGUCGAAAACCAUAGUAGGACGUCUCAUCGCGUCAUUCGAAACAGUUUCGAAGGUGUAGCAGCUGAAAGUCCUCGCCGUGAACAUGGCAACUUUAACGAACGGACAGGUGGACGCCGUGGUGCACGGAGGAGCUGCCAGUACGAACGGGCUCGUGAACGGAAUAAGCCACACGCACAGUCCCGCGAGCUGCGCCACCAUUCCCAUGAAGGACCACGAUGCCAUCAAACUGUUCAUCGGUCAGAUACCCCGCAACCUGGACGAGAAGGACCUCCGGCCGCUCUUCGAGGAAUUUGGCAAGAUCUACGAGCUCACCGUGCUGAAAGACCGCUUCACUGGUAUGCACAAAGGGUGUGCCUUCCUCACAUACUGUGCAAGAGAAUCAGCGCUAAAAGCUCAGACCGCGCUCCACGAGCAGAAGACGCUACCUGGGAUGAACAGGCCAAUCCAGGUGAAGCCAGCUGACAGUGAGAGCAGGGGAGAAGACAGAAAACUUUUUGUUGGCAUGCUGAAUAAGCAGCAAUGUGAGGACGACGUGCGGCGGCUUUUUGAGUCCUUCGGGAGCAUUGAGGAGUGCACCAUCCUCAGAGGUCCUGAUGGAAACAGCAAAGGUUGUGCAUUUGUGAAGUAUUCCACUCAUGCAGAAGCUCAGGCCGCUAUCAGUACUUUACACGGCAGCCAAACCAUGCCUGGCGCUUCUUCCAGCCUGGUGGUGAAGUUUGCAGACACAGAUAAGGAACGGACCAUUCGACGCAUGCAGCAGAUGGCCGGUCAGAUGGGCAUCUUCAAUCCGAUGGCCCUGCAGUUUGGAGCGUACGGCGCCUAUGCACAGGUUCAGCAGCAGGCAGCGCUGAUGGCAUCAGUGGGUCAGGGAGGAUAUCUCAGCCCUAUGGCGGCUUUUGCUGCUGCACAGAUGCAACACAUGGCCACUAUAAACGGCCUCCCUGGGGCUCCCAUGACCCCAACAUCAGGUGGAAGCACGCCCCCUGGCAUCACAGCUCCCACGGUGACCAGCAUUCCAUCUCCAAUUAGUGUCAACGGUUUCACAGGUCUGCCUCCUCCUCAGGCCAACGGCCAGCCCCCAGCGGAGGCCAUGUUUACCAAUGGAAUCCAUCCGUACCCAGUUUUGCAGGAAGUGGUGUUUAGGGAAGACUCGGAGAAGGGCGGCCUGGGCAUGGCACAGAGAAGUUGUUUUGGGGUUCAGGGAAGCUGCUUCCUGUCGUCUCUAUCAGAAGCUCAGAGUCCCACCGCAGCAGACCCCCUACAGCAGGCCUACGCUGGAGUCCAACAGUAUGCAGCAGCCUUCCCCGCUGCAUAUGGACAGAUCAGCCAGGCCUUUCCCCAGCCGCCUCCCAUCAUCCCUCAGCAGCAGAGAGAAGGGCCAGAGGGCUGUAACCUGUUUAUUUAUCACCUCCCUCAGGAGUUUGGGGACGGCGAGCUGAUGCAGAUGUUCCUGCCUUUCGGUAAUGUCAUCUCCUCCAAAGUGUUUGUGGAUCGGGCGACAAACCAAAGUAAAUGCUUUGGCUUUGUGAGCUUUGAUAACCCGGGCAGCGCUCAAGCUGCCAUCCAGUCCAUGAACGGCUUUCAAAUCGGCAUGAAGAGACUGAAAGUGCAGCUGAAGAGGCCAAAGGACGCCAACCGCCCAUAUUAGCCCCGUCCCUCCCCCCAGCCACCCCUGACCCUGGGGAUGAAGGCCGCCGCUGCGCACAGGGAAGGACAGGUUUUGUAGAGCUGGAACACGUUGAGAACAUGCCAAAUGUAUUUGAAAACACAUACUGUAAGAUCAAGAUCAUCGGGGCUGGGGAUACAGUACAGCUGAAGAGGGACAUGAGGAGGACGUAGCCGCAUGAUAUACCAACACCACCAGGCUCAUUGGACCUUUUUGGACUUCAGUGUUUAACUCAGGGGAGCCGCGGGGUUACUGGACCAUACCGUACUCCCUUCUUCGAAACCCUCGAACCCUUUUUUUGAAGAACCACAGAAAACACUACUGAAGACCAACACAAAAAAACAUAUAUUUAAAAGAAGAAAAACAAUGAAAGUCCUCAAAAUGCUCGGAAUCUAUGAAUUAGUAGUAUGGGGAAAAAAAACCUUUUUACAACUAAGAUAGACUUUUAGAUGGGAAUCAUGUAAUAUUGAACACGUCUUUGGGAAAACUUUUUAAAGAACUGUUUUAGAAACCAACAAAAUGGAUAUAAAAAAAAAACACUUGAAAGACAGAAAUUUUUGGAAGGAUUUGACAAUUCAGGACAAGAACUUGCUUCGACUCGGGAUGGCCAACUUUUUUUCUUGGAGUGCCUGUCUGUUUCCAGGGGCAAUGGCUGCCACAAACUACAGCCUCCGUCCGCUGGGAGACUUACCUGUCAUUCCUUAGUUGUGUAGGGACCAAAUGACCAAACCUUUUUAUCACAAAUGAAACCGAAAAAGAAAAAAAUACUUAAACCUGUAACAUAAUCAGACCACUGCAUCUCUUGCUGUGCCAAUCGGUUUAAGAGUUGUAUUAACAAAAAAAAAGAAAGGAAAAAAAGAUAUAUGUAUAAAAAGAACAUAUAUGACUAUAUGCAUAAAUGCAUACAUAUAGAUUGCUGAUAUGCUUUUGAACUGGCAGAAAUGUUUCCAAUGGCCCUUUGAGGCCUUUCACUCCGCUAGUUUACAAUUACUGCUCAAAAUGAAGAAUAUUUAUUUUUAUUUCUCUUCUAGUUUUUCUCUGUGGCGAGAGAAAGGGUGCAUGGGAAGGGUUGUUCCAUUAUGCAGCCUUACCUUUUCUAUCUUAUGUCCUGACCUUGUAGCUCAGAGACCAUCUUAAAGAUUACAUACGAUAUUAAUCCCAAAACCCAUAUAUGUAUUUAUAUGCAUAUAUUUUAUAUGUGUGUAUAUAUAGAAACCGGCUAUUCGAUAUGUAGAGCUGUAAUUUUUUUGUAGAUUUAAGCUGGUGUUUGAAACCACUGCUUUGCUUUGGACUUCUACCACUGGAAAGAAUCUCAAAUCGGCAGCUGCAAUCUGCAGGCAUUCCUCUCGAUCCAAUACAACGUUAUUUAUCCGUCAACACACGCGCGCGCUGAUUCCGUUUGUGUACGUGUGCUACUUACAAAUGCAAGAAGGCCUCUUCUCAUAAGAGUUUAAUGAGAAACAGGAUCAUUACGAAAUAGUAGAUAAUACGGACAUAUCUGCCUCCAAACAUUCGCAAACAAACAACGCUAUUCAAUAGAAUCGAGCGCUGGCUUUCAAAACGAACGCCUAGACGUUUUUCGAACUGCGAUCGCGCAUGCGCCGUCAAAUUGUCAGAAGUGCGUCCGUGCAUCUGGCAGCACUGUUACAACACCGCUAGCAGCCAUUCAUUAUAAUGAUGAUGUCAAAACAACGAUAACACUCUCCUUAUUUACAAAAUAAAAUGAACUACUAUAGCUACAGCUAACAGCAAAGCCUUCAAAUAUCUGUUGACAUAACAAACCUGUGCAGCUUGACACCGCCAUUUAUCGAUUUCCACCCACUCGACGUUCUGCUUACCGUUACAAUGAAGUGGGCAUUAUGUAAGUUUUGCACAAAUGUCGUAUUGCGUGUUUACAUGUGCUGCUUCAGCGUUCAGACGGAGUCGAGGGGUUUUCCCGUGCGCGGGCUGAGGAGGGAAUGCGAGUUUUUGAAUUUCUUGUUAAUGCAAAUUGAGGACUUGAACGAUUUUUGGUUAUGCGUUGCAAUUGACCUAUUAUACAAGAUGGCACUAUUGUAAAUAUAUGAUCAUUUCAGAGCUGGUUAAUUCGCUUUACCGAAGAGUAAAGCGUCUGUAUAGAGGGUAAAAAGCAGUAGUCUGUUCACCUCAUUUCGAAGGCGAAUCCAGUUCUGAAUCGACGCGUCUUCAGACGGGUUCCGAGAGUGUCGUAUUUUGCCUUCUAGAUCUUUCCGACACAUGAUCAUUCAGGUAUUCCAGGAUCUUUUGCAAGGAUAUGCAUUCCGUCUGUUGGAUUUAAAUGUCACCUGUCUUUAUCUCCCUUUCGGUUCAACCGUCUGUCUCGCGCUCAUCAUCUUCCGCCAUGUUAACCGUUUCAGCUGCAACUGUUUACAUAGCAAUCUGGCAAUGUAGAGAUGACAAAACCGACAAGACAUAACAGAAAUUUUAUUAUAAGUAUAUAUAAGUAUAUACAUGAACUACUGAAUAUACUGUAAAUGUUUUUUCUCUUUUUUGCUGUUCCUCUGUAUAUAGGUUUGCAUAUUUUAUAGUCUUUUACUUGUAUCUAGAAAGACUGGAUGACUAGGAAAAUUUAGAGAAAAAAUGAAACACUGAAUCAAAGCAGGUAAACUCUAGUCCCUAGAGAUGCAGUAUGGUUGUAAGCUAUUGUGGAACGUAAGAGCCCAUCAGAUUUCAUCCGAACAUUAAUGUCACUUUCAGGUAUGCUGCAAACAUGCUUAAUUGCCUAUUUAUGUAUUAUUAUUAUUAUUAUUUUUCAAAUGUUAUUUGUUAAAUUUAUUUUCUUCAUUUUAAAAUAAUAAUAUAUAAGUACUUUUAUCAUUUAAAUGGUUUACAUUUUUAUGUUUGUAACCACACCGAAUAUGAUUUUGUCAUUUAAAUGAUUCUUUUUAAAAUAUAUAUUUUUUACAUGUCUUUGUAUCGUGAGACACAAUGGAACAAUGCAACUGGCAGAAUCAGGGUAACCCUUUAUGGAGAAUGUAGAACUCAUGAAGGACUGGUGUCAAAAGUUUUCGUUGCACCUGUUAGAACUGUCUGCUGUUUUCUUCUGUUCUGCGAUUCCAUGGGUCUGUCAGAACUCCGAUUUGCUUCACUGCUUUUUCAAACACUGAAAAAAAAGGAAGAAAAACUGCACUAAUCCAUCAAACUCUCAGCAACUCUGGUUUUAUAGCCGUUCUUCAUUAGCACUGUCUUCAACUCAUCAGAAAGUGUUUGAACUUACAAGAAACAUUGCAUUAAAAUGGGGUUUAAAAAAAAAAAGGAAAGAAAAAAAAUCAGACAUUUUGAGCACAUUUGAGUGUGCUGGGUAGUAUAUGUGGAUUUAUGCCAAGCCUAUCACAAUGAGAUUGAGUUGUAUUAGCAGUCGGAGUACUGCUGCAGCUCCUGCCCUGUUCUCAACUCCAUCUUUCUCUGGUCCCUAGACUCUCUUUUGUAAUUUUACUGAAUGACGCGUUUCCGCUUAAGCCCAGUAAUAAAGCACAGUGUAGAAUAAAGCA